UCGGAAGGACCGGACUCACUUCUCCAGCGCACUUUGGGGAGAGCCCGCCAAGCCCCAACCCACCCACCUUUCCCUGGGCGGCCUCGGGGAGACUGACACAAGCCCUGGGACUCCGUUUCCUGUUCAGCGAAACUGCGUGCUGACAGCUCGCAGCUUGGCGGGAGGCGCAGGAUUGCAAGAGCCAGGCUGAGCGCACCGGGGCAGCAGGCGGGACGCGGGCGCCGCUCUGUCACUGGAACUCCCGCCAGCCUGCAUCCCCGCGCGCCCGCGCGCCCCCGCGCACCUGCCCUCUCCGGCACCGGACCAGCCCUCUUCAGCCAACAAGACGCGCUCCCCCCAGCCCCGCAGAGCGGUUCCCAGAGCAGCUGCGCGGCGCUGCACUGCCAGGUGGUCCGGCUGGGAGGCUGCACACUGCCCACACCCUGCUCCCUCCUCCCUGCUCCCUGCUCCCUGCUCCCUCUCCUUGCUCCCCCGUCCCUGCUCCCUGCAGGCCCCCGCGCGGGAUGGAGCCCCGGACGCGGCGACGGCGCAGUUGCCGCCAGCUGGUCUCUGCUUUCCUGCGCGACCCGGGCUCAGGGCGCGUCUACAAGCGCGGGAAGCUGAUCGGCAAGGGUGCCUUCAGCCGCUGCUAUAAGCUGACCGACAUGUCCACCAGCACUGUGUUUGCUCUCAAGGUGGUGCCGCGUGGGGGGCCCGGGGUCCGGAGUCUGCGCCCCUUUGGGAAGGUGGAGCGGGAGAUCGCCCUGCACAGCCGCCUCCGGCACCGAAACGUCGUGGCCUUCCACGGACACUUUGCUGACCGUGACCACGUGUACCUGGUGCUGGAGUACUGCAGCCGCAAGUCCUUGGCCCACGUGCUGGAAGUGCGGCGGACGCUGACGGAGCCUGAGGUACGCUACUACCUGCGGGGCCUGGUGAGCGGCCUCCGCUACCUGCACCAGCAACGUAUUGUGCACCGAGACCUAAAGCUCAGUAACUUUUUUUUGAACAAGAAUAUGGAGGUGAAGAUCGGGGACCUGGGGCUGGCUGCCAGGGUGGGGCCAGGGGGCCGAUGCCACAGAGUGCUCUGUGGGACCCCAAACUUCCUGGCCCCAGAGGUUGUCUCCAGGAAUGGGCAUUCCUGCCAGUCAGACAUCUGGGCUUUGGGCUGCACCAUGUACAUGGUGCUGACUGGCGACCCACCCUUCGUGGCGGCUUCCCUGGCAGAGAUGUAUGAAAACAUCCGGGAAGGCCGUUACCACGAGCCUGCCCACGUGUCGCCCAAUGCCUGUCGCCUCAUUGCCCGCCUGCUGGCGCCCAACCCAGCCGAGCGGCCCAGUCUGGACCACCUACUGCAGGACAACUUCUUCACGCAGGGUUUCACUCCGGACCGGCUGCCACCCCACUCCUGCCACAGCCCGCCCAUUUUCGCCAUUCCUCAGCCUCUGGGCAGGCUUUUCCGGAAGGUGGGCCAGCUGCUAAUGAGCCAGUGCCAGCUACCCUGCCCCUACACCCCCAGUGAGGCCUCUUGUCCAGAAGAUGGUCCUGACGCUGACUUCAUGGAGUGGGGCAGUGAGGACUCCCUGUUGGAGAGAGGGGCUCUCCGACCUGAGGUCCCUGUCCACCUGUUCACCCAAGGGACCCUCCAGAGUGACCCAGCUGGAUCUGGGGGGAGCCCAAGACAGGAGGUGGAGGAGGCCAUUAGAAACCUACAGCUCUGCCUGAACCCUGGACCUCCAGUCACGCAGGACCCCCCGAGAGAGCAGUGGCCCAUCCUCUGGGCCCCCAAGUGGGUGGAUUAUUCCAGCAAGUACGGCUUCGGCUACCAGCUGUUGGACGGGAGCAGCGGUGUCUUGUCGGGAUGGAACCCACAUGGCCCUGCGUCCCCCCGGGGGGAAGCGGGCCUGCCUGCGCCCACCCAGUCUGCCAGCCCCGGCCUCUGCCUGCUGCGCUUCCUUGCAUCCCAGCAGGCCCUGCUGCUGCUCUUCAGUGAUGGCACAGUGCAGGUCAGCUGCAGCGGAGACCCGGUUCACCUGGUGCUGAAUGGGGGGCCUGAGGAGUUGCUGCUCAUGGUCUGGGAACGGGGCCAGGUUGGCGCCUCUUACACGCUGGGGAUCCUGCAGAGCCACGGCUGUCCCCCGGCCGCUCGCCAGUUCCUGCAUCACGCGCUCUGCAUGCUGCAGAGCAUCUAGCACCCCGGGCGCAGGGUGGGCCUCUGCAUGUUGAUGCCAGGGUCCCAGGCUCCAUUUGUGUUUCUGUUCCUCCAGAGGGGAUGGCCUUGGGGGCAGCUGGGGAGCUGGCAGGUGCAUGGGAGGUGGGGAGUCUUUGCCUCAUGGUAUGACUGUUCAACCCAGACUUUUGUUCAGCUUUGUUCUUCCUUCCGUUAAAAGAAAACUUGCUCUGGCUGAUGUGGCUCAGUGGUUGAGCAUUGACCCAUGAAUCAGGAGGUCAGGGUUCAAUUCCCCAUCAGGGCACAUGCUGGGGUUGCUGACUCGAUCCCCAGUAGGGGGCAGUGCAGGAGGCAGCCAAUCAAUGAUUCUCUCUCAUCAUGUUUCUCUUCCUUCCUCUCUCUGAAAUCAAUAAAAAUAUAUUAAAAAGAAAAUGAAACUGGCCCCUGUAGCCUGCUGUCUGACUCUCUUUGGGGCAGUUUGAGGAGCCUCAGCGAGGCAGCACUCAGACCCAGCGUGAUCUGAGCCCGCUGUUCGUUGUGGCAGACAGAUGGCCAGAAUGUCGCCCACACGGAAGUUAGGGCCUGAGAGGCGUUCUAAAAUGACCAAAAAUCGCCCUAGCCACUUUGGCUCGGUGGAUAGGCCAGUGGUCGGCAAACUGCGGCCCCUUGAGUGUGGCCCUUCCACAAAAUACCACGUGUGGGCGUGCACGUACAGUGCGAUUGAAACUUCGUGGCCACACUCAAGGGGCCUAAGGGCCGCAUGUGGCUCGCGAGCCACAGUUUGCCGACCACUGGGAUAGAGUGUUGGCCUGCAGACAGAAGGGUCCCAGGUUCAAUUCUGGUCAAGGGCACGUGCCUUGGCUGAGGGCUCGAUCCCCAGUGUGGGGUGUGCAGGAGGCAACCGAUCAAUGAUUCCCUCUCAUCACUGAUGUUCCUAUCUCUCUCUCCCUCUCCAUUCCUCUCUGAAAUCAAUAAAAACAUAU